AUGGGCGAGACCACCGAAGCGUAUCGCGUGAGGCAGCUGGUGGAGAAAGCGUUUCCGGGAGACACCAGCGAAGGGCAGAAGCGCCGCGCAAUGGAAUGCUUUGUCGAAGGAGUAGCCAACCCUUCCGUGAAGAAGAGACUGAUCACGAAACCCCAAGAAAGCUUUAAUGAGACCGUGUCACUGGCGUGGGUGACAGAGAAGCUCCAGCGGGCCGUCCAAAAGCCGGACGCACAAUGUUGGGCCAUUUCCCAACAGCAGCCACCCCAACGGACAAACCCAUGGGCGUCGAGACCGUAUCGUCAACCAGUGGCCGGGUGCUCUUACCCCCGAGACUGCGGUGGAUGGAGACGGUGGCUCAAUAUCGGUGAAAGACCGGAACCGAACUAUAGAAAAGCGGUAAACGGAACGCUGCGGGAAGAUGAAAAUCCGGACGACACGAAUUCAAGUGAGUCAAUUGUCCCUACCGUUUGUGUNUUGUGUGCCGUCUGA